AGCCCGUCUGCUUGAUGCUAACUAAACAUGAGCUCCUAUUUUGUUAACCCUCUUUUUUCAAAGUACAAAGGCGGCGAGUCACUGGAGCCAACUUACUACGACUGCAGGUUUCCACAAAGCGUUGCCCGCAGCCACACGCUGGUCUACGGACCCGGAGCAGCCGCACCGGGCUUUCAGCACCCGUCCCAUCAUGUGCAGGACUUUUUCCACCACGGGACCACGGGGAUCUCCAACCCCGGAUACCAACAAAACCCUUGCGCUUUGGCGUGCCACGGAGACGCAACGAAAUUUUAUGGAUAUGAAGCCCUUCCGAGGCAAACGCUUUAUGGUACCCAGCAAGACGCAAGCCUAGCGCAAUACCCAGACUGUAAAUCGUCGAGCAGCUCUAACCCCGGAGAAGGACAAGGCCACUUAAAUCAAAACUCCUCUCCCAGUCUUAUGUUUCCUUGGAUGAGACCCCACGCCCCAGGAAGACGGAAUGGCAGGCAAACCUACAGUCGCUACCAAACUCUUGAACUGGAGAAGGAGUUUCUCUUCAACCCUUACCUGACUCGCAAGAGAAGGAUCGAGGUGUCCCACGCUCUGAGUCUCACCGAACGGCAGGUGAAGAUCUGGUUUCAGAAUAGGAGGAUGAAAUGGAAAAAAGAGAACAACAAAGACAAGUUUCCGGGUCAGAGAGGAGAGACUGAAGCCGAGGCCGAGGCCGAGGAAGAGGGCAACGAGGACGGUGAAGGGGAAGAAGCAGAAGAGAAAGAAGCGGAAGAGAAAGAGGAGACCAAGGAGUGAUUUUAUGGUCCUUUUUAUGGUUAUAUGGCUAAAAAAAGAGAGGAAAAAAGAGAGGUCCCAUAAACAGACGAAGAGUCACAAGGA